CGAUUGUAUAACCUGAUAUGAAACUUGUUGUAUAUUAUUAAAAAUACCUUCUAAAAGAAAUAAAAAUGAGUUUGGAAACUGCCGACAAUUCUAAAGCGACGAAAAUGUCAUCGCGGGCAAACGCUUUUUCGAUAGAGUCUCUUAUUGCAGAAAGCAAACCUACAACGGUUGAUGAAAAACAUGAGGUUAAACACCAAGGACAAAUCCAUAAAGGUAAAUCGGGAUUUGACGAUUCCAAAAACGUUACGAUCAAACACCGUAGUCAAUCGUCGCAUGGCGGCGGGAAAUCGGAGCUUGAAAGCCCGCUGGAAACAAUCGCAGCUCCCGAGGAACUUCCGGCAUCGACGAAACCGAAACAUCCGUCGCUCGUAGACUUAAAAUGUAUUCUGGAAACAAAAGAUUUGUGGGGAAAAUUUCACGAACUCGGAACUGAAAUGAUAAUCACAAAGUCAGGAAGACGAAUGUUCCCAACCGUACGAGUCUCAUUUUGCAAAGGAGACGCGAAUGAAAAAUACAUCGUUGUCAUGGACAUCGUUCCAGUAGAUAAUAAGAGAUACAGAUAUGCUUAUCAUAGAUCAAGCUGGUUAGUUGCGGGUAAAGCUGAUCCUCCUCUUCAACCGAGACUCUAUGUACAUCCGGACUCGCCACUAAGCGGUGCUCAAGUGUGCAAGCAAAUGUGUUCAUUUGAAAAACUAAAACUGACCAAUAACGAACUGGAUCAAAAUAGUCACGUGAUCCUUAACUCAAUGCACAAAUAUCAACCACGUAUACAUGUUAUAAGAAAAGACAGAGACGAUACUGACUUAUCUAAUCUUACAAAGGAGCAAUAUAAGACUUUUAUCUUCCCGGAAACCCAAUUCACAGCUGUUACAGCUUAUCAGAACCAACUGAUCACACGGCUAAAAAUCGACAGUAACCCAUUCGCAAAAGGUUUUCGUGAUUCUUCAAGAAUGAACGAAUUUGAAAGAGAUUCUGUCGAAGGCAUGUUAUCAGAUGCUCGUCUAGUUCAACCCUCUACCGCUAACAUGCGGAUGCUGCUACAUGAGAGUUACGGCCACCAGGAACUCCGUUUAACAUCAAGACGGGAUUCCUUUCCAACUCAACAAGAUUUUCCUCGCAUUGUUCAAAAUCUCGCCUUGUCAAGAUUCGCCUCGCCAUCUUCGUAUAGAAACGCUCCGAGUUUCGGUUCAACGUUGAGUCAACAUUUCACAUUACAACGAAACCAGAGUCUUCAAGCUGCUGCUGCAGCUCUAACACAUUAUCAAGUCCUCCGUCGUUUCCACCCGUAUCUAAUGACACCAGCGUUGAAUUCCGUUAACACACUCACCAGUACGAGUGAAAAUAAGCCAGUAAAGAACGCUCCAAAACCAGAACAUUGAAAAUUGUUGUUCAGGCGUUAUAUUUGCUUAUCUGUAUCCACGGUUCAAUGUUUUUAAUUAUUUUGCACAACUUAGUUUCGUGUUUGGCUGCGACGAUUAAUAUGUGAUUUGUUAUGUUCAAAACGCAAUCAACAUGUGAUCAAAUUUUUUUUAGCUUUCGUAUAACGUAACAUCGUAAGUGCGCGUUUAUUUUACGUAUUGUUUUUAAUAAACGUUGAUUUAU